AGAUUCAAUCGUAAAAUUAAGAAGUUACUUUAUAUUUUCAUCAUGCAGAUUUCUUUCAUUUUAAAUAUACUUCUCGUUUUUGUAUUCGUUUCUACGCCCUGUUUUUCUCUAAAUGUUCUUUUCAAUUUACCCUGCCAUGGAGGCAACUUUGUGACCAUGGCGUCUCUUUUGGGUCCAAUCUGUUCACGUCACAAUUGUACGGUCAUUGAGGUAGCACAAAUGUGUGAACGAAAGCUGAAGUCUUACCAAAAAAACAUCAAAUUCCGAUCCAUAAAAGCACAUGUUUUACCGAAUGAGUAUUCUUUCGAGGGCGGGUUCAAAUUUCUACUCACAUUUUGCCCCUCUGUCGUUGAUACAUUCGAGAAAACCCAUGACGCAUUUGACAAAAUCAUGAAGGAAUGGGCGACCGAAUUCGAUGUCUUUAUAACGGAUCAAAUCUUCUGGGCUACUAUGGUUUUGGCUGAAAAAUACAAUAUACCUACAAUUGUAUCUACUCCAGGGUUACCUUCAGGUUUGGAGCAUUUGCAGGAUAAAAUUCCGGUAGGCGUUGGUGAAAGUAUUAUCUUCAGUCUCUUUCACCAAAAAUGCUGGAAAUGGAUUGAGGACAAACGAAAUGAGUACAAUUUACCCCCGAUGAAAUUUCAAGGUCAAUUUAGUAUGACCGAAUUUACGGAUCGGUUUCCUUUGUUCUUACCCACCACUCCUUCACUAUACGGAGAGCCCCACCCGAGCGCCGAGUUUGUUUUCACUGGGGGGUUCAGAGACGAAGAGGAUCUUCCAAAAAUUGACAACGACUUGAAAACUUGGAUCGAUUCUGACGAUGCUGAUAUCGUUUACCUCUCCCUCGGAACAUUCGUAACAAUGGACAAAAAAGUUUUUAAAGAUUUUUACGAAAAAAUGCAUAAGCAAAACCGAUAUAGACUUAUUUGGUCGCUUGGUUUGGGUCUUCAAAACAUUGCUAAGGAAUUGGGAAUUUUCCCACAAAAGGACAACAAAAUUUUACUCAGUGACUACUUACCCCAAUACGCUCUUUUGUGUCAUCCAAAGGUCAAAGUUUUUGUCACCCAUAUAGGACUAGGGUCAGCUAUUGAACUUAUGAAGCAAAAAAUUCCAGGGGUUUUCGUUCCUCAAUUUUUCGACCAGCCUAUGAACACAAUUAUCAUGGAAAACUUAUCACUCGGAGUAUCGGCGUCAAGUUUCGAUUUCGAACAUGUCGACAACGCAAUUCAAAAAGUGUUUGACAACUAUGAUUUUUACUACAAGAACCUGGAAAAAAUUAGCGACGAGUUUGCAAAGUAUGAAGAUCCAGAAAUGAUUGAUAACUUCAUUCAAAAGAUAGCUGCUCGCAAAAAGACCACAGUUAAAUUGGAGCUCGAGUAUCAAGUAAGCAGUCCGAGACUUUACAUGGCCUGGAACGCGAUACAGAUUUUGGCAGUAGCUUUGCUAAUUUUGUUUAUUCUAACGAUGUACUGGUGCGCAAGGAAAUGCUGCUUCAGAAAAGGGAGAGAAAGCAAGGAGACAAAAGCAGAUUAA